GGGCAGGACACAGCAUUAACAUCAGAUAAAGACACGAGACAGCGAGGAGAAAAAGAACAACGGACUUUGGCAGGGUUUUCCUUCUUUCCCGUCUGUUUUUAAUCCUGCUUUCCGGAGGAAAAUGGGACAGCAGUUUGCCAACGCUGAAGGGGAGCAGGGAGAGAUUGACGUCGCAGAGCUGCAGGAGUGGUAUAAGAAAUUUGUGGUGGAAUGUCCCAGCGGGACCCUCUUCAUGCACGAGUUCAAGCGGUUUUUUGGGGUCCAGGAUAACCAGGAGGCGGCAGAAUAUGUGGAGAACAUGUUCAGGGCUUUUGACAAGAACGGGGAUAACACCAUCGAUUUUCUGGAGUAUGUGGCUGCCUUGAACCUUGUUUUGCGAGGAAAGCUGGAACACAAGCUGAGGUGGACGUUCAAGGUGUAUGACAAGGAUGGGAAUGGCUGCAUAGAUAAACCUGAGCUGCUGGAAAUCGUUGAGUCCAUCUAUAAACUGAAGAAGGUGUGCUGGUCCGACGUGGAGGAGAGAACCCCGCUGCUGACCCCMGAGGAGGUGGUGGACAGGAUAUUCCAGCUGGUGGAUGAGAACGGGGAUGGGCAGCUGUCUCUGGAUGAGUUCAUCGAUGGGGCCAGGAAGGACAAGUGGGUGAUGAAGAUGUUGCAAAUGGAUGUGAACCCCGGGGGAUGGAUCGUUGAGCAGAGGAGGAAGAGCGCUUUGUUCUGAGAAAAUCUGGCUUGGAAACCGUGGAAAAGGUGAUGCUGACUGCAGUGUGACCCUUCCAAUAGCCUGGUAGUGACUUUUCCUUCUUAAUUCAGCCUCAGCAUCCAGGUGGARACUCAAGAGCGAGGUAAAAUCCACGUGCUGAGCACUGCUGGUACCCAGGGACUAUUUUUGGCCCAUGAAUAAGUCUUUCUGUGUACACAAAACGGUGAUUGCCAGCUCUGGUUUGUGGUUACACCCCAAGGAGUAAAUGCUGGGGCUUCCUGCAGCAGAUCCUGAGCAGGGUUUGGGGA